AUGUCCGUCUCAGCCUCGAUCCCCGACACAUCGCUUGGCCUCACCUCCUCCGAGAUCCAGAUCCUUCGCCAGCAGCAGCAGAUCGCCCUCCAGGGCCAUGCCAGCAAUGGGAUCUCCAGGGGCCGAGGUACCGGGAGAACCAGCAACUCCAGCUCGCGGGCUACCAGCGCCGCCAGCAGCCAGGGCCGGCUGCUCCUGGAUCCCAUGAGUCUUCGCGCGCUGUCGCACCAGUUGGAUGGCUUGCAAGCGCAGAUCCGUGGCCGUAUCGAAUAUCUCGAGGACCAAAUGCAGCUCUCCAUCCAGAACACCUACGACCGCGCGGGAAAUGUCAUCCGCAAUGCUGACGCCGAGAUCGCUCGCACCCGCUCCAUCCUCGCCUCGAUCGAUGAAUUGGAUAACGAGCUGGCGAAGAUCUCCCACAUUCGCGACAUCGUUAAGGGCUUCCGCGGCCGCAUCGAGAGCCUGGAUCAUCGCCUCGACCACACCUCGCGUCGCCGACAUUAA